AUGUCCUUCAGCGGGAAGACGCCAGAAUCUCUGCUUCCUCGUUCAGACUCGAGAAACCCCGCCACUACCUGCAGAGGCAUCACCAGUACGGGAAGACCAUGUCGCCGACCUCUUGCUGCAUCUCCGAAGAACUCUCCUACCCCCUCACCGAGUCGAGGCAACGGGGUCCUUGCCGUGUUGGAUGAGCAGAGUGCCGCGGCUUUCUAUUGCUGGCAACACAAGGACCAGGCCGAGCAAUUGGCCGCUCAGGCCGGCCGGACGAGUCUACACCCGUUGAAAGAGAGAUCGAGUAUUGACACAUUGAUUGAGCAAGUGGGGAUCCUCGAGUUGGACGAAGACGUGCCGAAGCGGCAUCAUCGGCGACAUGAUCCGCAGAGUGUGAAACGACGGGACACGUUGCCAUCGGGCUGGAACCAGCUGGAGAGUCCGCUCAUGACGGUGCCAGAGGAAGUGGUGCAUCACCGACGGCCAAAACGACCCCCUCCCCCACCACCAAAAUCGAACGUGAAACUCUCUUGGGCCUGCUGCAUUCAAGCGGAUGGUGACGAUGAUUUACCUCCAGCAAGAGUCUGGAGGGAGGACAGGGACAGACGCCGACAACAUCACACCGAGAUAAGGCCUUCAUCCUCUGUGAGACCCGAAAUGCGGCAGUCAUCUACCACGCCCGUCCGACCGAAACCAAGUCCAGCACCUUCUCAGACACAGACACUCCUCUCGCUAAUCCCAUCCAACCUCUCGCCUCAGACCACGUCGCAACUGCUCGCAGAGCUAACCCGCCCCAUCUCCGCUGCGGAUGAGGCUGGAUACAUUUACAUUUUCUGGCUCACUCCCGAAUCUGAAAUAUCGAAACCUGACGACGAGACGGCUUCCUCUCUUCUGGACGAUGACGAUGACGACAAUGAGGACGACGUACUGUACAGCCGCCGAUUGCAGAGAACAAAUCAUGCUCUUGCCCGGUACGCGUCCGUCCGCCGGCCGCCGAACCAAGUGCAGCCGAAACGCACCAUCACGCUCAAGAUUGGCCGCGCAGCCAACGUGCACCGGCGCAUGACUCAAUGGACCAAGCAAUGCGGGCAAAACAUCACGCUGAUACGAUACUAUCCGCACAGCAACCGCGCCGCCGUCAACACUCCCACUUCUACUCCUCCCGCUCGCGGCUCAGCGAGCACGCAUCCUCCAAGCCGAAACAGCAACAAGGUCUCGCACGUGCACAAAGUCGAAAGACUGAUCCACCUCGAGCUCUCGGAGAAAAAGGCCGUCAAGAGCGAAUGUGAGCAGUGCGGGCGCGAACACAAAGAGUGGUUCGAGAUCGAGGCGACGCGCGAAGGCCUGAGGGGCGUGGAUGAGGUGGUGAGACGGUGGGUUCGAUGGGCAGCGAGACAAUAA